GUUUCUUUCCCAACUAUUGCUUCGUAUAGACACUGGUCGACUGCUCUGUCUUCACCCACAAGACCCCAAAACCCCUGGUGGGACUGCCACUCCGUCGAGCUUAGAAACGCUAUCGCUUCGACCCUUCAGCUACUUACAGAAAAUUGAAUGUCCUUUCAGUAUCUUGAUUGCGACGGUACAAACGUCAUGUUCUGACCACACCUCAUAUAUCCCUCAACAUCAUCUUCUGUCUCGUGUGACCGUAUCAGACUGCUUGAGCUUGGCGACAACAGGCACCUCGCGGCAUGCCAGGGUCGAACGGGGAGGGGUCAAUCGGUAAAGCCGACAGGAAGAAGUCGGCAAAUUGGAGCGAUCAGGAUACCGACACUCUCGUCAAUGUUUUAAUGCGGUACAAAGACACGGGAAGAACCACGGACUAUGGUUUUAAGCUCGAAGUGUGGCAGGAGGCUGCUGGUCUUUUACAGAACAGCACGUUCGUCGGAGGACCCAAGACGGCUGAGGCUUGCAAAAGUCGUUGGCAGAGGAUUCAACGGGACUACAGAGCUGCAAAGGAGAUGGAGACCAUGCCUGGCGUCAAGUGGGACCGAUCAACUCAUCGUUUGAGAGCAUUACCCGAGGCGUGGGACAACGCUGUUAGACAACUUGAGCCGUACAAGUACGCCCGUAUCCACCUUCCAUGCUACGACGCUCUCGCUAUUCUCUGCGCCGGUGAUAAUCCCCGUGUACGCGCGCGCACUCGUACUCGACCAUCACAGGCCAGUUCCGACUCGGGCUCCAUGUUAUCCUUAAGCAUUUCUUCCACCACUGGACAAGCUUCGGCGAAUGCAAUGGGCGGACCCAUGAAUGGCGGUCACGAUGGCGCGAACGGCCAGAUGAACAUGACGAAUGGAGGCCUUCACAGUCAGAGCCAAAGACAUCUGUCACUGGCGGAAGAGGUUUCGAAUGGGGUGAAUUUGGUGGGGACCACUGGUCACGGAACGCUAGCGCAACAUACGAUGACCACAGGACAUGGCCAAAUGGGGACUGCGGCGGGACUGAUGGGCUGGGAAGGUGCGGAGGAAGACGGAGAAGGGGAAUUUGAGGCAUCUUUCACAAUGACGGACACUGACCAGCAACAACAAUAUCUUGUGGCUCCCAAAAGAUUGUCCUACGAUCCCUCACUUAUGUCCACCUCUACGCCUAACACUCAUCCUCAAUCUCAUUCUCUCAAUCAGUCGCAGACCCAGACUUCGUCCAUCUCUUUGCAGAGCCGUCAUUCUCCUACCAAACGCUCUCGUACUUCUCUCCCCAUUCAUUCUUCCCGGUCUAACAUCGCUCCUCAACCUCCGCCCGGUCCAGACUCUCUCAAUCAAUCUACUCAUCGCACUCAAUCGCAACACUUGUCAACACCUUACUUCCCUCUGUCGCAAUCGCACUCGCCAGAUUUCAGUGCAUCUUCGACACUUAUGGAAUCAAUGAUGCCGCAUCAUUCGCCCACCAGCACCACACUGUCUUCCGCGCAUAUGUCCAGCCAGAAUCAUUCAACUCUUCAACCUCCUCCGGCAUUUGCAUCCCCGGUUCGUCCACCACCUUUGAAAGAGGAGGUCCGUGCCGCUGGAUUGAGUGAGGCACAAAGACGGACACAGGCGAUAUUGGAAUUGCAAGCUGGAGAAAAGGAUCUCACAGAUGAAGAAAUGGUAGAUAUUGUCAGUGAAUUCUCGGGUGAUAUCGCUUUGGCGGAUUGUUAUCUGGCAUUGAAGAGAAGUGGAUUGAGGACUAUGUUUGUGAAGAAACUGUUAGGGAAACGGAAGAGAUGAUAGAUACAUACGCGUCCGAAAAUCGGGCUCUUUGGGUGAUGGUGGAGAUGUCAAUGUGUGGCACCGGGGCUUUGUAGUUGGGAUGAAGAGUAUGGGGGGAUGGAUGGCAGUGAAAGACUUUAGGAAUCUAGACGUACAGAAUCGCGAGGGGUAAUCUGCAAGGAAGUAAGGCGAAUCCAACAAAGAGAGAUAGAAAAAGAGAGAGUAUCAAUUCAUGAUACAUGAUUUUGGGUAUCAAGCGAUCUAGUUCACGAGACAAGAGCCCAGGAGGCGAAAAAUGGGGAAUGGGAGAGAUCUAAAAAUGUGGGCGGUCGCCCAGGACUAGAAUAUGUAAUCCUAUGACGAGUUUA